UCUCCGCAGCCGCGCGUUCGCCUGUGUAAUUUAUCGCUUAUCGAUCACCAGGGAUCCGAGAGCAGCCGGGGAGCGCGAUAGGAAUCAGGAUCGGAUAAUCGGAUUAAGGGGAGAACCAAUAAUUCCAGUUGGGAUUUCUAAAUAGUGUCAGGAUUCACCAGCAUGAUCGAAUGAUGGAGGUGAUUUCGACACGUCGGUACGAGGCUCGUCCACCGCCAACGAGCCAUCCUCCGAUUCUGAUCGACCCUGAGAAUUCUGUGGCUUUGAUCAAAGAAGAGGAAUGGGAGACCCGCAAGAAGAAGGAGAUUACCACCACCAGGCAGAUAGAGACGAGGGUGAAACGGCAGGUAGUCCUCGAGGAUGGCGAGGUCGUCGUCGACUCAGGACCCCUCGUCACUACGAAUACCACCGAGGAUGUCGAACAGCAGGAACACACCACGCAAGAAAGACGAACCACGGGUGACCAGCCGCAGCAGGUCGAGUGGCCAACAGGUGGGAAGAGUCCCGUGGACAGUGGAAGCGUGGUCCAGAAGGAGCUGAACGAGACGGUGGUGAGGAGCCGGGAAGAGAUCGAGGAGAGGCUGGAAACGGAGGACCGUCAACAGCUGGGAGAUAUCUCGGACGAGGCGUACCAGACGGCGGUGAGGAACAACCGCGGUGAUUUGAGAGUGGCCCUCGCCGAAUCCGCGAAGCAGUUGGCGUCCCAAACGGGUCCCAGGGUCGUUCAACACACGACCAAGUCGAACAAGGUGAUCGACACUGAGAAAACCUUGGAGAGGAAGGAGCUCAAGCCCGAUGGAUUAAUUGUUACCGAGAGAAAACGCACCGUCGAGCACGAGGAGAUUAAGGACGACGAGGUUCCCGAUGACGGGAAGGACGUGAACGGUGACGACGCCUCGGAGAAGAGGAAGGAGAGUUCGCAGAGGUUCGUGAAGAAGAGGGACGAGGACGUAGUGGAUUACGUAUCGGGCGGCGAGAGGGUCGCCCGGGAAAUGCGUUACGUCGCGGAGACCACCGAAGGCGAACGAAUUGGGGACUGGACACCAUCACCAACGGCGAUGCGUACCACUCGUUUUCAUAAACAUUCCGGCUUCCCAGAAAGUUUUCCAGCUCGCAAGGACGUGUUAACGAAAAAACCGUUGGACUUCGAAGAAGAGGAUGAGGCGAGGAAAUUCGAGACGUCCAAGUGGCUGGAGAGCCAUUUCGGCAGCGAGUCGCGCUCCUCCCAUGGAUCCAUCGACGCUGACGAUUCUCCCUUGCCAACUAGCACCAACACUAGUUACAUCAACGUUACCAUGAAAUCGUGCGGGCCCAGGGAGCGAGAUUAUCAAAACACUAAUUCUAAUCGACAACGAAGGAACACGGGUCGAGAUUCGACAUCUCCUUCGGGCUACUUCCACGGGAUAAGCGAGUGGUCCGAGAGAUACCAAGGAAGAGAGAAGCAAAACCACGUGGGUAGGAGCUCUCCCUUGCAAUACGUCGAAGCUGUGCACACGAAUGGAUACGGCCAAGAGCAUCCGAGAAAUCAUGUCGAAUACUCAAAGACUUACGAAUCUGUUUUACGUCGCGAGCACCAAGAAUCGUUCGAACGACGCACGCCUUCUCCGCCAGUUCGGAGGAGAUCGAAGGAACAAUGGACAAGGUCCGAGGAGAAGACUAGCUUGAACGAUUCGGCGCCGGCACGAACUGCCAGUCCGGUUCACGUCGUGCAGAGGACCUGGGAGAGUCGUAACCAAGAGCAGACAGUCGCUGAACGGGACAACAGAAAGAAAUCGACAUCGAGAUCGCGAUCUACGUCUCCCGUAAGAGAAUCGCAUUCGAGGAUUAGUAAAAAAUCAGCUGAGACAUCCUCCUCGACUCCUAGUCGUCCACCAAAAGGUUCCGGACACUCGAAAUACAAGAUCGGUGAAUCGUUCAGAAAACUAGUAGAGAAGCUGCGCUCGGCGAGCAGUGAAAGGAAGAACAAGCGCGCCAGUAGCAGUUCUACGUCUCAACUGACCCAGACAGACGACAACGGUCCGACGUACAUGCAGUACAACGUGAUCGACAAGAACAUUCCUCUGGACCUCGAAGAGAAGCCGCCGGAGAGACCGCCACGAUCUCCCCGGAACAGUGCGAUGAACAAUACGAGCAAAACGACGAAAACGAUCAAACCCGAGCAUACUGUUCAAGAACAACGCACCGAAUCGACCCCGCCGUUGCACAGGUACUACCUUGGCGAGGACCCAUUCGGUGGAAGCAUUUAUGGUCGCGAAAAGGGAUAUCAAGACUCGAGAAGAUCCGGGAAGCUACGUAGAAACGUUGCCGAGACCGAGUACAGCGUCGCUUCAAGUUCGCUCGGCAGGUUGAGCAAGUCCACCAGUCGGCUAGCCAACAACCACGAGAGGGAAGAACAGUUGAGGAGCGCGCAGACCCUGCCCAGGAAUCUCCAUUCGGGUGGACAGUAUCCUCGAUCGAAGCGGCAGCAGCCUGUCUCAAAGCUGGCUACUUCCUCCACUCCUUCGUCGACGAGUCAGUCGCGGCAGUACGGAAGCAUGAUCAAUAUCUCGAUCAAGAACACGGUCACGUCGCCGAAAGUGAUGAAGGACAACAUUCAGCCACCGAUCAAGCCGGAGAGGACCUACAAGUCCUCGUUGCUUCGCAGCAAGAGCUUCAACGUCGAGGCUGGAACGCCGCCGAGGAUACCGUACACGUCUAACUCACAGUUGAAUCGACUCGACGAGACGCCGCCCUUAAAAAGUCCUGGGAUCCUGGCUAGUAUUAGCAGGAGUAACAGAGAUCUGUUCAAGGACUAUUAGUAAUUUUAUAAUGAACUUUUUUUUAAUUCUAACAGCUUUCUAUUUCUACGAUUUAUUAUUGUUUCUAUUGAUUCAAACCCAAGAUUACAUAUCAGACC